AUGGCCUUUUGGGUGGUUGACGGGGGUCGUCCGCUUGGACUUGGUACUACCACUGCCGCUUUCAAUUCGAACCGGGGUCCGUACUAUUUUGGCGGUAAACGGAGGGUAAGCAUCUCCGAAGGCGGCGAUGCACCUGCACAUUCGCAUGCCUACUCUCAUGGCGAUGGCUUCAAUAUCGAUCCAAAGAGGGCCAGGUUCUCUGAUGAAUUGCCUUACGACGCAUACGAAAACUCACCCAUGACCAUUCCUGGACCCAGUGGUUACUCUUCACCUCAACCACAUGAUCAUUUCUCGCCUUACUAUCCACAACCGCAGCAACCAACAUUCCAUCAUGCCAACAAGGGCGCUUAUCCACACAACCAACAUUACAGCUCUCUUACAGAAGAGGAUUAUUUUUACCAAGAUGACAUUGAAUCUUCUACUCCACCAUUGAUUCAUCGCCCAGACUCGGCACCAGUCAAAAACCUCUCUUUUCUCGUCAUUCGCGAACGUUCGCCAACCCCAGAGGGAUCCGAUUUCCCCUCCAUCGAUGCUAGUCUUGGUCUUGGCGCUUUCGGCCCAACUCCCGAAUCUCGGCCGGCUCCGUCUUUCGGGCCUCCCGGCCCACCACCGGGUCCGGCUCCCGCCCAAGCUCCAACUCCCGUCGCCGAUUCUUGUGCCAUGGAACGUACUGCCUCCGGUCUUUCAAUUUCAUCGGAUACUGCUCAGCCUUCACUUGCCAAUCCCCUGGCCGAUGACAAUGAGCCAGGAUUCAUGGGAGACAUCCCCGCCGCACGCUUGGUCCGCGAUCAUGUAGCCAACUUUGGCUGCUCCAACCCCAACCGUCGAAGACAUCGCAGCGCCGACUCACGCCACGGCCGUAUCCUACGAACACUCAUAAACCCCAAAUCCCGCGCCGCCGACUUUCCUCUGGACGAUAACGCCCUCCGCAGCAUUUUCUCCGCAGCCAAUGAGCUCUUCUUCGCCAAUCGUCUAGCCGGCCGUGUCGCAUGGGACUGGAGUCACCCCGCAAGUGCACAAUACCAAGCACACAUCGUCGGUACCACCGCCGUGCGACGUUCCCGUGAUGGUGGAUUCGAGACGCUCAUUGUGCUGUCAUCUCCAAUUCUCCAGGACACAAAGUACAACCGACGUCUUCUGAUUUCGACAUUCCUGCACGAGAUGAUCCACAGUUACCUCUUUGUAGUAUGUGGUAUGAAAGCCCGUGAACAAGGCGGCCACACCGAGGGAUUCCGCCAGAUCGCAGAUACUAUUGACCGCUGGGUCGGUCACAGCUAUCUGCGUCUCAGUGAAAUGGACGCUGAUCUGGAGCAUUUCCGACAGCAUCCCUCGUGCGGGCAGGAUCAGCAUCAGGUGCGCAGUCGAAGUGCAGACGAAGAGAGAAUACCCUGGCGGAGCGAGAGAUGGGAAAACGGAGAGCGAGAAGGGGACGUUAAUCAUCCGACCGAGCUUCAUCCACGACCUCAUCCUGGCUACGAAAACAGGGAAAGAUAUGGGCGGGAGGGGCACAGAGCCUUUCAUGUCCGGAGAGGAAUCUCACCAUACGUUUAUUGA